AUGUCUGAACAACCUACCCAGAGCCCGCAGGUCGAACCGCCUGCGGCUCCUCAAGAGACUGUCCCAGCGCAGCAAGGCCAGCUUGCACAGCCUCUUGCUCAACAACCUUCCUCCGUCUCCUCCGCUGGCGAGAACCUCCAGUGCCAGUGGCAGGGAUGCGGCGAACGAUGCCCGACUGCUGAGGCUCUCUAUGAGCACGUGUGCGAGCGCCACGUUGGCCGCAAGUCCACUAACAACCUCAACCUGACCUGCGCCUGGGGCCAGUGCCGCACCACCACCGUCAAGCGCGACCACAUCACGUCGCACAUUCGUGUUCACGUGCCACUCAAGCCUCACAAGUGCGAGUUCUGCGGCAAGGCCUUCAAGCGCCCCCAGGAUCUCAAGAAACAUGUCAAGACCCACGCCGACGACAGUGUUAUCAUGCGCUCUCCUGAGCCCAAUGGCGGUGCUCGCCAGCCCCAGGGCAUGCCCCAAGGUGGGAAUCAGAACCACUCAUACUAUGGUCAUUAUCUGACUGGUCAAGUCCCCCAAACUUACUAUGCCCCUGCAUUGCCCCCACAGGACUAUGCUGGCCAGCAUCACGGAAACCCAUACUAUCAGACCCAUCCCCAGCACCCAGGCUACGGCCCAGUGACAUACUACAAUGCUCCUGCUCCCCAAGCUACCUAUGACUACGAGACCCGCAAGCGUGGCUAUGAUGCGCUUGAUGCCUUCUUCGGUCAAGUCAAGCGCCGCGAGUUCGACCCCAUGCAGUACCAAGCCGUCAGCCGAAGACUCUUUGAGCUCCAGGGUCUUCAGCUUCCUCAGAUCAUCCCAUCUACUCUCGGUGUCCCAGCCUACCAACCUGUCUCUGUUGGUGGCGGCUCCUACGAGUCUAAUGAUCCCAUUCAAGCCUACAGUCUCCCACCUAUGGGCAACGCAAAGACUCGCGGUGAUCUGACCUCCAUCGACCAAAUCCUCGAGCAGAUGCAAGCCACCAUUUAUGAGAACGACACGCACCAGACCGGCUACGUCUCCUACCGCACCAGCAGCAACAGCCCCCCUUCUGCUCAGAUGCCCUCUGCCUCAUCCAACAGCCCGACUCAGCUUCUUCAGCACCAGCACCAGAGCAGUGUCAGCACCGCCAGCAACGCCGAGACCGCUUCCACUCCAGGUCUCACUCCUCCAUCUUCCGCCCAGAGCUACACAUCAGGCCAGAGCCCUGUCCAAGGCCACUCCGCCCCCAAUGGCAACGCCAUGUACCCAAGCCUACCUGCCUCCAGCAGCGAUAUGGCCUACGCCGCCGCCAACGCCGCCACUCUCGGCGGUAUGUACGAUGAUGAGUCUCGCCGGUAUCGCGGCGGCAUGCUCCAGCGCGCUGCGCCAGCCAAGAAGGACGGCGACGAGAUGGAGACCGCAUCAGAUGGCUCCGUCACCCCUCCUGCAUCUGCCAUCAAUCGGGCGGCUAAGGGCAAGGACAAGGCGGACCUCAAGGAUAGCGUUAUUGACCCUGCUCUGUCGUCAGCCGCUGAUGCCAGCACGCCCAGAUCCGAUGUCACCAAGGAAGAAGACCGCGAGACCGCAUGGGUGCAGAACAUGCGCCUCAUUGAGUGGAUGCGUGAUAUCAUCAAGAAACGCCUCGAACGUGGCGAAUACGAUGAGGACAACGCUGACGCCUCCUCCGCCAAGAAGGAAGGCGAGUCUGCGGAUGCCGAGAUGACUGGCACUGAUGAGAAGAGCGAGAAGACCGAUCAGGAGCAGCUCUACCCCGUGCUGCGGCAUGUUGAGGAGACGGCCUAG